AUGUUAGCCCUGCCAGCUGCGCUGCUCGGCGCAAUCGCCGCCGUCAGCGUUGCCGCCACCAAGGAGCACCUCGACGGACUGCCAGCGUAUCAUUACAAUGCGCCAAUCAAGGUCGAGUGCAUGAACCGAAGCUCAGAAACCGGCGAGCACAUUGAGAAGAACGACGAGAUACAAUGGAUCCCGUUCCCCGUGUGCAACGAGACGGGCAAGCCGCUCGAAUUCCACUACGGCUACGAGGGCGAGCUCAACUGCACGCUCGACUUCAUCUCGGACCCCUUCUUCCACCUGCUCGAGUUCUACAUCCACAGCGACGCGCCCAUGUCGUGCCGCCUCCCGGCCAGGCCGCCGGCGCACGUGGAAAUCGUCGGCGAGAAGCCGCCGGCGCAGGAGUACGUGCCGCUGGUGUUUGCGCUGGCGGGCACGCUGCAGAUGAGCCACAUGCACAUCAGCACGCACAUGAACGUCCUGCUGCACAGCAUGCCCAAGCACCACCAGCGGCCGCACGACAGCGGCGUCCUCGACUCGGCCAUUGCCUACAGCACCAGCCCGCUGAGCCACAUGGAGGGCACCGAGACGGCGCGCAUCAUUCCCGGCGAGCCGCUGCCGCUCACCUUCUCCGUGCGGUGGUUCCCCACGCCCGCGCUGCCCAAGACCGAGGGACGUGUCGAGUGGAGGGGCCUCGGGGGCCACAUCUACGCGACCACUGUGUUUUACAGCAUCGUGUCGUUUGGCGCCGGUGUUGUCGUCGCGGGCAUGUAUACUCUUGGCGUCGUGCUGCCGAGAAGAUUGAAGGGGAGGUCGAUGGGCGGCGCCACGCCCUUGGGGUACGGGCUGAGCAGCGGAGGUGUUGGCAACGGCUGGGGUUAUACCAAGAAGGAUUGA